ACCUAAGUUUGUUCUGAUUUCACUUUUAGUUUAUAAUAUUAUUCUAAUCAGCCCCAUUAGGUUGUCAUGGCUAAUAAGGGGAUGAAAGGUUUAUUGACCUGGUGCAAAAAGCACACAGAAGGAUAUAGAGACGUGAAUAUAACAAACAUGACUUCAUCUUGGAGUAGCGGGUUGGGCUUUUGUGCUCUUCUUCACCGAUUUCGCCCUGAUUUGAUUGAUUUUGAAUCCUUAUCAAAAGAGAAUGUGUUUUAUAACCACCAGCUGGCUUUUGGAAUAGCCGAGAAGGAGCUUGGUAUUGCCGCACUUUUGGAUGCUGAAGAUAUGGCCGAAAUGGCAGUCCCUGACAGGCUCAGUGUUAUGACAUAUUUAGCUCAAUACUAUAAUUGUUUCCGUCACUGCAAGCCAGAGGAAACAACACAGCCAGAUGCACCAGUACUUAAUCCCGUUACAGCUGGAAGUCCAAGUAAGACAGCUUCUCCUCAGAGAAGAUCAACAGAUGAUAGUAUAUGUUGUAUUUGUGGAAAACGGGUUCAUUUGGUUCAAAGAUACUUUGAUGAAGGCAAGCUUUACCAUCGAACAUGUCACAGAAAUGAUUCUCUUGAAAAAAUCAGAGGUAAAAAUUACUUCAUAAAACACCAAGAUGAGCCAGAGUCGCCUAAGAAAAAUGUAAAUGAUGAAGAGAAAGCGAAAACUGCAGUCGAGCAAGAGACGACCAAAAAUGUCGUACAUAAGCCAGUGCCCACUGUUGUAUCUGAAAGGGAAAACUACACUAAACCGAAUCGACUAGAAGAAUUGCCAAAUAUGGUUCAGUCUCUAGCAGAUGCCGAAGUUAAAACAGUCAAUAUGGCAGAAAUUACACCUUCACCAACCACAGAAAAUAAACCACUACCAAACAAUCCUAAUGAUGUAGCUCCAUCUCUUGUCAGUGAGUUACCAGUCGCCAGACAUACUAACAAACAACAGAGCGAAAUCAAGAGUUCACCAACAAAGCCGAAACCCAGAGCAAGAACUUUGCAUUCUAAUGAGGAAAAACCAAUUGCUCCAGUUCCAGUUGCACGGCCUCGUUCUAAAGAUGUUAGCAAUGACUCAAAUCAAGUCGAAGAUAAUUCUAAAGCAUCCUAUAGGAAAUCGUUGAAUCCAUUUGAAUUGGAAUCUGGGUCAGAUUCUGACACUACUCUAUCUUCUACAUCCUCAGAAGAAGAUGGCAAUCCGUUUGAAAUUACCCCCAAAGUACAGGAGAGAAGGGUAGAUGCAUCCAAAAAUGAAAAAACAGAAGAUAAACUUACUGAGAUCAUCAAUGAUGAGAAUAGUGCAGAUGAAGGUGGCAAUCCUUUUGGUGAUCCACCAGAAAUUGAUCAGCCUGAAGAAGUUUCCAAUAAACAGUCGGAUAACGAAGGAAAUCCAUUUGGAGAUGCAGAUGAAGAAGAGCCUAAGAAUAAAGCUGUUGAUAGAGUCAACCCUUUUAAUACUGAAGUGUAUAAGAAUUCUGCAAAACUUGAUGAUAAGAUAGUAGUAAAGAAGAAACGGCCAGCUCCAGCACCACCAAAAUCAACUUCAGCUCUUCUAUCAACACAAUCACCCCACAAAAAACCAGCUGCCCCAUCUAGGCCACCGGGAUGGAAGGAUACAUCAAGUCAGAAAAUGGUUGAAUUGAAUAAGGCUAAUGAAAAAGAUCCACACUAUACUAAAAAUAGUACCAAGCCACAGUCGUCUUCAAAAGCUAGAGCCAUGCACAAAAGCCCCAAGGCCCGUUCAGCACCUGGGUAUGGAUAUCCACUUGUUAAGCGAAAAGUAGAAAUAAAAAUGUCGGAACAAGAGAUUGCUAACGAAUUGAAGUUACUCGAUGUUCAAUUAACUGAUUAUGAAACAAAGGGUGUAAAGUUAGAAGAAAUGUUGCGGUUUGCAAUGGAUAGUGAAUGUGAGUGGACAUCAGAGGAAGAUGAGUUGCUGCAGGAGUGGUUUCAACUGGUUAAUAAGAAAAACCAAUUGCUCAGGCAAGAGUCUGACCUUGUGUUUCAGAUGCAACAACAAAAACAUGAACAGGAGCAUGCAGAUAUUGAAUUUCAAUUGCGGAAGCUUUUUAACAAACCGGAGUCUACUAAAACUGAUCAAGAUAAAAUCGAUGAAGAAAAUCUGCUGCAAAAACUUCUUGAGGUUGUUGAACGGAGGAAUGUAAUUGUUAAUUCCAUUGAAGAAGAACGCGUGAAAGAGGCAGAGGAAGAUUCAGCGUAUGAAAAAAUGAAAAGGUUACAACAGAAUCCAAGCAAAAAGAAAAAGAAGAAUAAAGUCAAGAAGAUGUUCAGCAAGAAAGGCAAAACAGACAAAGAAAAUACUGCUAAGACAAAGUGAACGCAAUAAAAACUAUGUUACUGAUUUUAUCAUAAGGAAUGAUUGUUUUCUACUUAAAACACAUCCUCCGUUACAUAGAUAUAUAAAAAUACAUGACUCAUACAUGAUUCACUAAUAUUUUUAUGAGCUAAAUGAAAUUAAGUAUCCCUAUAAAUCAUAUCAUUGACUGGCUACUCACCCCUACGACUUCUAAACAUUGUAUAUAUAAAUACUUUCUAUAUUUGGAGUUGUGAAGAUUUAAGAUACAAAUAUUAUCUUUAAUGACAUUGACUCAUAAAACAAAUUUGUUUGCUAGAGCAAUCAUAGAAAUGGAUAAUUUUGUAUUGGCCAAAAAUGAGGAUAAAUAGUACUGACCAUACGCAUUUCGUAUGUGUUGCUUAUAUACAUAAAUUUUUAUUUAGUAUUGCACAUUUCAUCAUUAUUUAGAACACCAAUAAUUGACAUUUUCAUGCAUUUAUGAAGGGGACAUAUAUAGUCAUGUACUAUCAUUGUCAUACCUACACCAAUGGCUAUAGUCCGAAUACCCUUAUUAGCAUUGCACCAUUUUCAUGACAGUAAUUAUUUUUCUUGCAAUCUGUCUUUUGUUGUUGAAAUAUUGCACAGCGAUCAGUUUUAGUUGACAAUCCUUAAGAUACCAUAAUUUUAAUGCUUUGAUUUUUAGGAUAAGCCGCUAAUUGGUUGAAUUUUUCAGAUAAUUAGGAGUUAUAACAUUUUAUUUUAUUGAGCUGAACUUUUUGAUGCCAUUGCUUUUAUAAAGAAGUCCUGAGACUGCAGUUGAAUAUUACACUGCAAAUAUAAUUAGUAUUUGAAAGUUCAAACCAUACAAUACAGUUGCCAAACCUGUGGCUGGUCCACAGAAUCUGCACAAGUGUUUAUUAACAGUGUUUCAAUGCCUGACAGCCAUUUUUUUAAAUUUAUGUUUUAGCAGAUCAGAGCUCACUAUUCUUAUUUCUAUAUUGCUGACUCGCUUGCCCUAUUACUGCUUGAUUGUAUGCAUUUCACCAAUUUUCUCUAUAUCAUUACAUAUGCUAAGCAAAGUUUUAACUAUGUAUAUCUACAUUAUAUAUCAAAACAAAAA